ACGGCCAUCCCGUUAGAAAGAAGAACUCAGAACCACCAGUGGGAAACAAAUUCUAAAGAUGAGAUGUGAAUUGCUGGCUAGCUUCCUUAUGCUUUUCAGCAUUUCCAGCAAAGGCGCAGUCUCCGCGGACAGCGAUAUCAUCUGGGGUGCCUUGGGUCACGAUAUCAACUUGACCAUCCCUAGCAUUCAAGUGACUGAUAUUGAUGAAGUACGAUGGGAAAAGGGGGAAAAUCUGGUCGCACAGUUUAAAGGGAAGACGAACCCUUUUUCAAAAUCAGAAGCCUUUGAGAUCUUAACAAAUGGAAGCCUGCAAAUAAAACAACUGAAGAGAGAUGACUACGGCACCUACAAAGUGGUGGUAUAUGGUGUGGAUGGGAAAAGUAAGCUGCAAAAAGAGUUCAACUUGAGGAUUCUAGAGAGGAUCUCAAAGCCAGCGAUCACCUGGGAGUGUAGCAGCACAACCCUGACCUGUGAGGUCAGGGAAGGAACAGACCUUGAACUAAAGCUGUAUCGAGGGAAGAAACUUCUCACCAGCGGACAUCAGAAGAUCAUAAGUCACAAAUGGACCUCCCUGAGUGGGCCGUUCAAGUGCAGUGCGAUAAACAAGGUCAGCGAGGAGUCCAUCACGGCAGUGGUCAGCUGUUCAGAGAAAGGUCUGCAUUUCUAUCUCAUCGUGGGGGCUGGCGCAGGAGGCUUCCUCUUGGUGGUCCUCGGAGCCCUGUCUAUUUUCUGUAUCUGCAAGAGGAAAAAGCAGAACAGGAGGAGAAAAGAAGAAGAGCUGGAGAUAAAAGCCCCCCGAAUGAGCACUGUGGAAAGGGGCCUGAAGCUAAGCUCAGCCCCAGCCGCAGCAUCUCAGAAUCCAGGAGCUUCCCAAGCUCCUCCUCCACCUGGCCAUCAUCUCCAGACACCUGGCCAUCGUCCCUUGCCUCCAAGCCACCGUACCCGUGAGCACCAGCAGAAGAAGAGACCUCCUCCAUCAGGCACACAGGCUCAUCAACAGAAAGGCCCUCCCUUGCCCAGACCUCGGGUUCAACCAAAACCUCCCUGUCGGGGUGGAGAAGAUGCUCCAUUGCCGCCCCCUAAUUAAAAAGGCAGCUGCUGUCCU